CGAGUUGGCAGAAAUCAACUGAAAAAAGGUAGCUCUUCGCAUCUAUAUCUGUACACAUCUUCUGUUUCCAUCUCUUUCGCAGAUCAUCGCAAUUGUAUAUUUUCCGCAUGCAAUUUCCCCCUCCACGUUUCGAAAAAAAUCGUCAUCGCGUCAGCUGCCGUGCCAUCCUCAGUGCACGAUAGUUGAAUCAGAUCAGUGUCCAGCAACACAAUUUGAAGACAAGUGUGAAGGUGAUCCGCACGCAUUUGUUCGCCGAAAAAAAUACAUACAAACAAACGCUCGACAUUGAACGUAGGGGAUUACAUGAUAAUAAUCAGGAAUAACGGUGAGAUAAAAGAGAGUUGGCUGCGCAGCUGCACAGUUCGGCAGCCGUGAGUGCGUAUGUGACUUUGGCCGCUACAGGCAUGUCGCCGAGGUCGCUUUAACUUCCAAAGUGUUGGGAGCGCGUAAAAAGCGUGAUAGGUAGGAGAGAAGACUCUUCUGCCCGCUGAAUAUGACGACUCCGCUCAAUUGUACACAAGUUCACCCAACGAACCGAACUGGUGGUUACGCUGUUAAAGUCGAAGGUUGCGAAGUCUGUGGCAAAAGCGACAGGUUACUUAGGUGUUCGCGUUGUAAAAGUAUAUUCUAUUGCACAAAGGAGCAUCAGAAGCUUGACUGGAAGCGACAUAAGAGGCAGUGUGUCUCUGACUGUACCUCAGAUAAUAAACCGAGUCAGGAUUUGGAUCAACUACUGACUAGAAGUAAAACACUUGUCCAGGAGGACAAAAGCGACAGCAGAAAGCCUAGGAACAACGAAAAUAUAAAUCUCCAUAGUCAAAAUUACAGAGGAGAUACCAGAGACAGUUUACAUACAAAAGAUAAAGAAGACGGGUGGACUCUACCCAUAACUUACGAGGGUAGUUCAGAAGAUACCAUCCUGGGAGCCAGAGCAGAAUUGUUAAAUCCUCUUCAGGGACCUAGAGUGUUAGAGAAUUCAUCAAAUAAAACAAGCCUAGACAUGCCAGAACCAUGUCACAAUGGAAUCAAAAAUUUUCCAGAGGUUAGAUUGAGGCACGAGGAAGAUUUCUUUCCAUCGCUGCAACUGCCAAGAAGCAGAAACAAUUUGGAAGAAAUUGAUGACAUUUGUAGAAAUUUAAUCAGAGAUCUUGAUAGCUAUGGGGUGUGCGUUGUAAAUAAUUUUCUUGGUACAGAAAAAGGCUUGUCAGUGCUAGAUGAAGUUUUGAAUAUGUACAGUGCUGGAAUGUUCAAAGAUGGUCAGUUAGUAUCAAAUAAGGCUGGUGCAAGUGACUUGAAAACAAUCAGAGGUGAUCAAAUCACAUGGUUGGAUGGCAAAGAGAAAAACUGUCAAAACAUUGGCAAUUUAAUAUCUAAGGUAGAUGCUAUUAUAAUGAGAGCCAACAAAAUGCGUAAUAAUGGCAAGAUGGGUGAAUAUACAAUCAAUGGAAGAACCAAGGCUAUGGUAGCGUGUUAUCCUGGCUACGGUUCGCAUUACGUGAAGCACGUCGACAAUCCAAACCGAGAUGGCAGAUGUAUCACUGCUAUAUACUACUUGAAUAGGGAUUGGGACAUCAAGCAAAACGGAGGUCUGCUCAGGAUAUUUCCGGAAGGCUGGCAAGACCAAGUGGCAGACAUCGAGCCACUGUUCGAUCGUAUUCUCUUCUUUUGGUCCGAUCGAAGGAAUCCGCACGAAGUGCAACCCGCCUACAAAACUAGAUACGCCAUUACGCUGUGGUACUUUGACGCGGAAGAAAGAAACGAAGCUUGUAGGAGAUACCAACGAGACAAUGUACUUGCUGAAGAUUGAACAAAAACAAAACCAAAAAUGUAAUUCAACGUUUAUUACGUUGUUUUCAGAGGAGAUGAAAUCAGGAAACUCAUGAGACGGAGAACACGCGCCAAUAAGCCGACGGAUCGCCCGACGACUGAAUUUAUUAUUGCGACACUCCGUAUUUGUAUAUAGUUUAUUACACACAUAUGCGCGCGACAAAUACAUUGGUACAUAAUUGUAUUACUAUAUAUUAAGAGUUAACUAGAUAUAAGAAACUUCGCGGCGAAUCCUGCAGCGAUCAGGAGGAAUUGAUUUUGGUGUACUGUCAAUGAUGAAAUUAAAAUCACAACAUACUCAAUACGGAUGUGCAAUAGUUUAAUAUUUUUUUAUUCUUUCUUUCUUUUUUAACUUUUUUUGCUAUUUUUCAUUUCGAACAAUCACGUUUUUCUUUAUCAUUGAUCUUAAUUUUGCGCAACAACUUGAGAAAUAAUGUCUUUAUUUUCUUUCCUCUCAUUCUUUUCGAGUGCGUAAUGCACUAGACUAAAUUCGUAUGUAAUUGAGUCAAAAUUGUUUUCAAAAUUGUAUGGGGUUUUUCAAGUGCCUCGACAUGAGUAAAUUGUGAUACAUAACAUAGAAAGUUCAAUUACCCUUAACAAAGGUUUUUAAUACUUUUCUUUUGUCAUGUGUUGUAUUCCAAUUUUUUUUUAUUUAUAGGUUUAUACAUAUAAGUAACAGUUUUGUAUGUAUAUUCAACUGACCGAGUAUGUUUGUAUCCUAAAGAUUAUUUUUCCUGAUUUUGCGCUUGUUUUUUAAAAGUCAAAUCACGCUAUUGUACAUAUAUAUUAUUUAAAAACUAAUCGUUUCAAGUCUAUCGAUAUAUUCAGAACUUUGAUAAAAUUAUUUUUAAGUCUGCAAAUACUUGCUAUCUUUUACUAUAGUCCUUUCGAUAUCCUAUUCCUGCCUAUUCAAUCUUCGUACGUUUGCAAAAGUUACUUCAAAUGAUUGCAACUAAAUAUAUCCGAGAAAAAAUUUAUACUCAUAAAUUGAAUUCCCAUAAAUAAUAUUAAACCAUAAUUAUGAAAUUUUUAAAACAUGAACAAAAGUUUAGUUUGCGCCAAUACAUUUUUAAAAUUUGCUUAUUUCAUAUUCAAAUAUAAUAGUCAUAAAAAUGCGGAUUCAUAUAAAGUUUUAUACAGAAAAAUAAAUAUAUUAUUAAAAGUUCA